CAGUGUGUAAGGAGUUGGGUCGCCUAAAGGAACGAUGUAAGAUGUCAUUCUGAAAAUAUUCCUGUAAAUUUAUAUCCGCUUGUAGGACUAGUUUGGAGGGGGAUUAAUACUGAAAUUUCCCUUUAUAAUAGAAAAAUGUCCACAGAAAGCAAUGGUGACAGGACAACAGACAUCCAUGUCUCUUUGAAACCUGCUAAUGGUGGAGAAAACGACCGAGGACAGGAAGAUGACGCAGAGGAUGGCGAUGACCCUGACUGCCCGGUGUGCCUACAGACCUGUAUCCACCCAGUCCAGCUGCCGUGUUCCCACAUCUUCUGUUUCCUGUGUGUCAAGGGCGUUGCCAGCCGCAGCAAGCGAUGUGCCCUGUGUCGCCAAGACAUCCCGUCUGACUUUUUUUGUCGCCCCAACCUGGUAAGGAAAGGCGACCUGCAGCAAACUAAAGUGUUUGAUGAAGAGUACCAGUGGUUCUAUGAGGGCCAGAACGGAUGGUGGCAGUAUGACGAUCGCACAAGCUGUGACAUGGAGAGCCAUUACAAGAAGGGAGUGAAGACAUUCGAACUGCUGAUUGCAGGCUAUGUUUAUCUUAUUGACUUGGAGAAGAUGAUACAGUGUCAGAGAAAUGAUCGAACAAAGAAGCGGCGCGUCAAGAGAGAUAAAGUUAACCUGCCUGGAAAGAAGGGUGUGGCAGGGCUCAAGUUUGGCAGCAAUGGUAGCUCUGCUGGUGUGGGGCGAGAUUGUGAUUCUGAUCGCCCUGGUGCAGAUGGUGACGAGACGACGACACCAACAACUCAUCAGAUCAUGGUCCCCAUUCCCAUUCAUCCAAUGGACCGCACUGUUGGGUAUACCAACUCCCUGUCUCCGCCCACCCCCUACAAUACCCCCCAGACUCCCCAGACCCCUGCUGAAAGUCCCCCCACAACGUCUGUACCUUCAGAACAAGAUCUCACUAUGCAGUUAGAGCGUUUGAGGCUUGGAGAUCCCAGCAUUCUCUCAACGAGUCCUCAGGACUGGCCCCCAGGUGCAAGGCCAGCUGACGUGACCCUCGGAGCAGGACUAGGGGGUGCUGAUGGGUCGGAGGUAUUCACAAGGGUGAGACCACGGGGACUGAGUGAGACGUGUUCUGAGAGGGAGGCUGACGCUGCUGAGGAUGUGAGAGCAGGGUUGCAGGAGACUGAGACUGAGAUUUACAACCAGAUACAGGAGGACAUGGAACAGACUGAGCCACAGACUGACCCAGGAGAACAACUCCGUAAACAUGAUGUGUGACACAAUGAGGAGAUCCUCUGUGAACAUGUCAGACAUGUUGCAACGAAUCCUUCAUGAACUUGAUAUGUGACAUGUGGAAAUUCAGCCCUUUCUGAACAUAAUGUGUGAUGAAUGCCCUGUAGUGAUGUAUGACACAGAACGAUGAAUGUUGCAUGCAAAAGAUGUAACCAAGAGAUGGGGGACACAAGAUGAAUGCUUCAUUAAAAAUGUGGCAUAUUAUUAUUAACUGAUGAAGAUGAUUUUUCCAUGAAGAAUUUGUGUGACUUUAGGGUGGAUUAUAUCUUAAAACUGAUUCCGAAUUUACAUUAUCGGAUAAUGAUGAAUCAGAACAGUGUUGAUCGUGGAAUGGCAUUGCACACAUUACACUUUGACUUGCUUGUUUGCUAUCUCUGAACAUCAUCUGUAUAUUUUAGGGGUGUCACAAUGUGUCUACUUAGGUUUUGGUUGGUUUGGUUUGUUAUUUAACGCCGGACUCAGCAAUAUUCCAGCUAUAUGACAGUCAUGCAGUUAGGAUCAAUGACAUGCAUCAACCAACUCAGCGAGCCUGACCACCCGAUCCCGUUAGUCACCUCUUACGACAAGCAUAGUCGACUUUUACGGCAAGCAUGGGUUGCUGAAGACCCAUUCCACCCCGGAUCUUCACGGGUCUUCUACUUAGGUGUAAAUACUUAUCACUGUACUUGAAUCACGAUAUGAUACAUACUGCAAUACCUAUUAAAUUUGGCCAAUUUUUGCAUGAAGUUCUACAUGUGACCAGGCGGAGAAGAGGUUGCUUUCAGCUUGUUUGUGGCUUAACUCUUAUGCCUGCUAAUUUAGGCUUGUUAUAAUGAUUUGCCAACAGUAUUAUAAAAUCAGAUGAACCUUGUGGUGGUCAAUAAUAUAAUGCUAGCCAAAGUUGUAUUAUUCAGUGUUAUGUCAAAGUUUUGUAGGUGUUACUGUUUAAUACAGAAUUGAUACAUGAAUUGAUACAUGGGUAGGCGUAUCAUGUUGUAUCGUCAGGUGUAAUUGCAUCACAGUGCAUUGAUACAUCAGUGAAUCUUGACACCCCUAAUAUGUUUUCUGACCAGUGCAACCUGUGGUGGCGGGGGCAGUUAUGCCAAAUGUCAAGCACAUCAAUGUAUAUGUCUGUUGUAUGGAGGAAACUAUUUGCCAUAUGUUAGCUAUCAUGUCAGAACAGUUUUUUGCUUUGAAAAUGCACAUGAAUCAUGAGGAUGAAAUUUUAUGAGUGAAAUUUCAUUUCCAAUUUGAACAGACAAUGUCAUGUAAAAAACUUCAGAUUAUUUCCUGAUGCUACAUCUAUCAACAGAAGGUCUGUUGUAACGUGUGCCCCACUGAAGGACCUGUUGUGACAUGUGCCCCACUGAAGGACCUGUUGUAACAUGUGCCGCACUGAAGGACCUGUUGUGACAUGUGCCCAACUGAAGGGCCUGUUGUGACAUGUGCCGCACUGAAGGGCCUGUUGUGACAUGUGCCGCACUGAAGGGCCUGUUGUGACAUGUGCCCCACUGAGUGAAGGACCUGUUGUGACAUGUGCCCCACUGAAGGGCUUGUUGUGACAUGUGCCCCACUGAGUGAAGGACCUGUUGUGACAUGUGCCCCACUGAAGGACCUGUUGUAACAUGUGCCGCACUAAAGGACCUGUUGUAACUUGUGCCCCACUGAAGGACCUGUUGUGACAUGUGCCCCACUGAGUGAAGGGCCUGUUGUGACAUGUGCCCUACUGAAGGGCCUGUUGUGACAUGUGCCCCACUAAAGGGCCUGUUGUGACAUGUGCCCCACUGAAGGGUCUGUUGUAACAUACGCCCACUGAAGGGUCUGUUGAAACAUGUGCCGCACUGAAGGACCUGUUGUAACAUGUGCCCCACUGAGUGAAGGACCUGUUGUGACAUGUGCCCCACUGAGUGAAGGACCUGUUGUGACAUGUGCCCCACUGAAGGGCCUGUUGUGACAUGUGCCCCACUGAAGGACCUGUUGUAACAUGUGCCCCACUGAAGGGCCUGUUGUGACAUGUGCCGCACUGAAGGGCCUGUUGUGACAUGUGCCCCACUGAGUGAAGGACCUGUUGUGACAUCUGCCCCACUGAAGGACCUGUUGUAACAUUUGCCCCACUGAAGGGCCUGUUGUAACAUGUGCUGCACUGAAGGACCUGUUGUGACGUGCCCCACUGAAGGGCCUGUUGUGACGUGCCGCACUGAAGGGCCUGUUGUGACAUGUGCCCCACUGAAGGGCCUGUUGUGACAUGUGCCCCACUGAAGGGCCUGUUGUGACAUGUGCCGCACUGAAGGGCAUGUUGUGACAUGUGCCGCACUGAAGGGCCUGUUGUGACAUGUGCCGCACUGAAGGGCCUGUUGUGACAUGUGCCGCACUGAAGGGCCUGUUGUGAAAUGUGCCGCACUGAAGGGCCUGUUGUGACGUGUGCCACACUGAAGGGCCUGUUGUGACAUGUGCCCCACUGAAGGGCCUGUUGUGACAUGUGCCCCACUGAAGGGCCAAUUGAAAGGCUCAAUGCCACGUGUACCCAACUGAAGGGCUUAAUGCUACAUGUAUCUAACUGAAGGGAUUAAUGCUACGUGUACCCAAUUGAAGGGCUUAAUGCUGCAUGUACCCAACUGAAGGGCUUAAUGCUACAUCUCCUCUACAGCAGGGCUUAAUACUACAUGUACCCUACUGAAGGGCUUAAUGCUACAUUACCCAACUAAAGGGCGUACAGCUACAUCUUACCUACAGCAGGGCUUAAUGCUACAUGUACCCUACUGAAGGGCUUAGUGCUACAUGUACCCUACUGAAGGGCUUAGUGCUACAUGUACCCUACUGAAGGGCUUAAUGCUACAUUACCCAACUAAAGGGCGUACAUCUACAUCUUACCUACGGCAGGGCUUAAUGCUACAUGUACCUUCUGAAGGGUUCAAUGCUACAUGUACCCUACUGAAGGGCUUAAUGCUACAUCUUCCCUACGGCAGGGCUUAAUACUACGUGUACCCUACUGAAGGGCUUAAUGCUACAUUACCCAACUAAAGGGCGUACAGCUACAUCUUACCUACAGCAGGGCUUAAUGCUACAUGUACCCUACUGAAGGGCUUAGUGCUACAUGUACCCUACUGAAGGGCUUAGUGCUACAUGUACCCUACUGAAGGGCUUAAUGCUACAUUACCCAACUAAAGGGCGUACAUCUACAUCUUACCUACGGCGGGGCUUAAUGCUACAUGUACCCUACUGAAGGGCUUAGUGCUACAUCUUCCCUACAGCAGGGCUUCAUGCUACGUGUACCCAACUGAAGUGCUUACUGCUACAUGUACAUGAAACAUUUUUCAGUAAUUGAAUAUGUUGGUCAAUAAGUGUUUUGAUUUGGCCAGGUGAGCUACAUUUCCAUGUAAACUGUUGUGGAGAAUGUAAUAUUUGUUUUUGUUUACAUGUUAUGUUGUUGUGCUACUUGGAAUAUUUUCAAGCACUUUGUUUAGCUCACCUGGUCAACCCAGUCAACUUUAUACACUACAUAGUUUAGCUUAGUACAGUUUGAAAUAUGGCAAAUUGUCUGUUCUACUUUUUUAGUUUUCAGAUAAAAAUGCAAACAAGUAAAUACAUUUUGGGCAAUUCUGUUUUUGAGAACGUCUGAUUGGAGACUAGUGUCUUGGUGAACUUAAGUAGCACAGUGAUCACAUGACCAUGCCUAAACUGGUUGUGGUUUGGUUUUCCAAGUUUGAUAUAUAUUGAUCAGUUUGGCCAAGGUUGAUUAAAGAUAAUUCUACUUCACCAUUAGUCAACUUCUCGAAAACUUCAAUUAAAACCUGAUGCGAACCAAAUUUUAAUUCCUGUAAAAGUUCUUUGUAAAGAAUGAUUGACACCAAUCUCAUUAAAAUCGGAUCUUAGUUCUCACUAUUGCUAAACAGAGAUCAGAGGACAUCCCACUACGGGUCACGUCAGAACGACCUUUCAUCCAACCAAUCAGAUCGUCACUUACCAGAUCAUGAAAGUGACAGUCGGAAUGUGUUUUCUAAUCAUGCAACCUCAAAAACGUUAACACAGGGUAUUCCGAACGACAGUUACGGCCUGUACGACUGAUUCUGUCAAAAUCAUCGCCUAUCUCUCGCUUCCAUGGGAGAAACAUUUAAAGAAAAGAGGCAUUCCACAGUACAUGGGAAGCACUGUCAUACAAUCUCAACCAUAUAAUAGACAUUCAGGAAUGUUCAUUUGAUCAGUUUUUUAAAUUUUAAUCAAGAACUGUGUCAAUAUAUUUUUCAAGUAUAGUCUGAAAUGGAAGUCGCCAGGUUGAAAAAGAGUGUUGUAAAACUCGAGAAAGCUGCUUUCUAAUUGACUGAUGUCAACUUGUUCGUCAUUUCAGUGAUCGGUCAAAGUUCGCGAAAGGUCGUUUUGACAUGACCCAUAAUGGGAUGUCCUCAGAUCUUUGUUUAGCGAUAGCGAGAACUUAGAUCUGAUUCUGAUGAGAUUGGAUUGACACAUUCCCCAUUCUUGCAUGGUUCAGGGGCAUGUGUGAUUCAGUGGUUUAAGGCACAGUGAAUAGGUUUGUGUCCCUUAGCUGUGCCAUGAUCUGCUGAUUGUGGGUUUAAAUUCCGGAUAUGUUUCUUGGUUAGUCAGCACUUUGCUCCAGGUUUUACAUAAGUGGUAAAUUCAUAUGACCUGUGUCUCAUUGGGUCUUCUUCUCACAUGAAGCUGAAACACUGCGCAGAGUUGAGCUGAUUCUUGGAUGGAAAUUGGGGGAUUUUAAGUCCCAUUAAAAUCAGAUCUUUUACUCCGAUACAAUACCGCUCUGCACGAAGACUUAAGAACACCAACAUCACAUCAGAUGAACUCUCUUAUGAGCCAACGCCAAAGCUUCUAAGUUCUUGAUACAAUUGAAUAUCAGACCAACAUGUCUGAUUCCUGUAUCUUGAAAAUGAAUUUAAUCGGGCUGUUCUGAAUGUAAAUGAUAUUUUUUGUCAUUUCUACGAUAUGGUUAAUGUCAAAGACCUGCAUCACUUUGGGCUUUUCUCCCAAAUUAAGCUGACAGGCCCUAACAUAAAUGGAAAUACUGUUCAAAGCAGCGUUAUUUGGGAGGAGGGUCUUUGACAUUAACCACUUUGGGUGAAAUCCAGGAGCAUAGGCAUGGUGCCAACAAACCUAAAACAUAAUAAGGGUGAAUCUUGGAUCCAAACCCACAACCAAAGGUUUCUGGCAUGCCAAAGGGAUGCAACUCCGAAAAGGGAAUUUGUUACUGGACCACUCUGCCCCCUGAUGUGAUCUCACCAAAGGUCAGCAUGUCAUCGGAUGGUUGACCAUAUGCCUGGUUAUAAGUGUACUGUCCAUGAAUGCGAGGUUUGCACAAGUUGUUAGCGGCAGCCAUGCCGAAUGGGUUGUUUCGUUCUGUGAUGUGUGUAUCAUCUUGUAUUUUUGUAUGCCAUGUAUGAUGUGAGCAGCUAGUUGUAUAUUGUGACAGGACUGGUGUAAUAUAAUCUUAUCUAUUUAUUCUACAUAUGUUAAGAAUGUAUGUGUGCAUGCUUGAAGCAACAGGGUUGAAAGUCGGCCAUAUUUCCAGGUCAACCUUCUCAAAGGUCAAGGUCACCCGUGCCAACUUCCACAAAGUAAUCUUAGCCCUACAGUCAUUGUUUGUCCGUGUUGAAGUGUAGGUGUUAUGUAGUCUAAGCGCUAAGAUCGUUUUGUGCAGGUGGGCCAAGCAGCCUGUAUUGUAGAUUUAAAGUAAAACGAUAUCACCAGCAGGUGAUACGUAUAAUGAGUCAACUAUAUCAGUGUGAAUCAGUCUUAAGGUAUGUAUCAUAAGGUGACUGUACCAAUAUGUAUCACAGAGCAUGGGUACACAGGGUUAGAACUAAACUCAAAAGCUUUACUAGCUUGGGUAAAGAUAAAAUGCCAGGGUGAUGUUAAAACAAUGGGGAAAUUGGGAAGUGUUUAGUUGCCCGCAGUAAUUUGUACAAGGCCCAGCGGCAGCAGAAACUACCAUUUUUUAUCCACUAGUCCUUAUAAUGAUAACAUAGCAAAACCCUUUAAAAUGGCAAAUUUCUACUAGUCCACAUGAUACCUUAACAAUUGUGCAGUUUGGCAAGGACUACAAUAAAACCUCUUGAACUUGAACUUGAACUUCAGGACUAGUGUCAAUUUCUAACGCUGCCCAGGCUAGCGGGCUAGUGUUAAGUUGUAACCCUGGUACAUAGCAAGAGGUAACUAUAUUCAUGUAUUGCAUGACGAGGAUACGUAUCUUGAUAUGUGUCAUGGUGUAAGGAUGCACUUAAUGAACAUCAAUCUGACUCCUUACUGCAUGACUGCUGAUCACAGACCAGCUACUGGAGGACCUGUUGAGAUUUAGUUUCCUCACGACUGCUGUGUAAUUUCCAUGUGUCUUGUCACCCUGUUGUUGGAGUGGCUGUCUGUCAGUGGUGUGUGUCGUCAUCUGCUUACUGAAAUAAACUCUGUCCACUGGAA